UCAAGGCAGUUUGUGAACUUCCUGAAUCCGACAAAACCUUACCCUAGCACCUCGAAGCACAGCAAUCAACACGAACCGAGUACAUACCUGACCUCCACAAUGGGCGAGACAACACAGAAGAAGCGGUAUGCCAUCGUCGGCACCGGUGGCCGAUCGGGCUUUUUCUACACGGCCAUUGCAAAGGACUACAGCAGCACUUCAGUCAUUGUCGGUCUCUGCGACACGAACCAGACGCGCAUGGACUAUGCCAACUCAAGGUUGAAAGACCUCGGGCACGGCGAGGUCCCGACCUACAUCGCAGCCAACUUUGACCAGAUGAUCAAGGACACCAAGCCGGACGAGGUCAUCGUCACGACCAUGGACCGUACACACAACAUUUAUAUCGUACGAGCAAUGGAGUUGGGCUGCAACGUCGUCACUGAGAAGCCAAUGACCAUCGACGCGCCCCGGUGCAGGGAAAUCUUUUCGGCAGUCGAGCGAACAGGCCAGGAGGUGCGCGUAACGUUCAACUACCGCUACGCACCGCACAACACAAAGAUCUUUGAGAUCAUCAAGUCCGGCGCCAUUGGCAAGGUGACGAGCGUGCACUUUGAGUGGAUGCUCAACGAGAACCAUGGCGCCGACUACUUCCGUCGCUGGCACCGCGAUAAGCGCAACUCAGGCGGCCUCCUUGUGCACAAGUCGACGCACCACUUUGACCUCGUCAACUUUUGGCUUCAGACGCGGCCGCAGACGGUUUACGCCCAGGGCGAUCUCAAAUUCUACGGACGGGAAAAUGCCGAGGCGCGGGGCGUGACGAAGUUCUACACCAGAGCGCACGGAAGCGAGGCAGCAAAAGACGAUCCCUUUGCACUGCAAUUGGACCAGAACCCGCAGCUCAAGGCCAUGUAUCUGGAUGCGGAGCACGAAGAUAGCUACUACAGAGAUCAGAGCGUGUUUGGCGACGGCAUUAGCAUUGAGGAUACGAUGAACCUGCUCAUCCGGUAUCGCAAUGGCGCGGUGAUGACAUACUCUCUGACAGCAUAUGCGCCGUGGGAAGGAUUCCGCGUCAACUUCAACGGCACGGGCGGCCGCCUCGAGGUUGAGGUUGUCGAGAAGAGCUACGUGAACUCUGGAGGUAGUCAGGCUCUGGAGGGAGCUAUUGAGAAGCGGACGAUGCUGCUUAGGCCACUGUUUGGACCUCCUCAGGAGAUUGAUCUGGGCGAGGCCAAGGGUGCCCACGGCGGUGGAGAUCUUGUGCUGCUGGCGGAUCUGUUUGGCGAGCCGGUCUCCGAUGAGUACAUGCGGGCUGCCAGUCAUAUUGAUGGUGCCGCGUCGAUCUUGACUGGUAUUGCCGCCAACCGAUCACUGGCGACAGGGCAGGCCGUUAAUGUGGAUGAUAUCCUGGUGGUGCCUAAGAAAUGAGAAAGAUGGAAGCGGGAGUCAACGACUGAAUGUGUUGAUAAAUAUGCAAUGGAACAGGAUAGAAUGAACCAAAAGUAGACACGGAUUCUAGCAAUGGCACUCACUUUUAAUAACAACAUCCUCUGCUGGGACUGGUGAAAAAACAGAAACCAGAUAAGAUGGCAACGUCGCAAGAAUAGGACUAUCUAUCAUGGCUUUCUAAUCACCUCUUACCUGAUUUGGAGGGAUAAACGAACGUCAAACGCGGGAUAUUGACUCUCUGUGGUGAUACCUGCAU